AUGGCCAAGUUGUCCAUAGUUAUCCUUUGUCUUGCUUUGGUAGUGGUUCAAACCACAGCAGCAAGAGAAAUGCCAAGUGACAAAGGUCUUGCUGAUCAAAAGAAUGUCUUUGGAGGCACUGGUAGUUUUGGAGGCAUUGGAAACAAUGGCCUGCCUUUUGCCGGAGUUGUUAGCGGAGUAGGUGGCGACGUUGCUGGAAUUGGUGGCGGAGUUGGUGCUGGAGCUGGAAUUGGUGGAGGACUUGGGGGUGGUUCAUUAGGUGGAAUAGGGAAUGUUGGAGGUCUUGGUGGUGUAGGUGGGUUGGGGGGUCUAGGUGGUGGUUUUGGUGGAGGUGCUGGUGGUGGUGCUGGUGGUGCAGGGAAUCUUCCACUUCCUUGA